AUGAAGUGGAUCAAAUACAAAGGGGAAGAGAGGAUGGCAGUUGCAGGAAAAAUUAUCGGAGCUGUACGUCUUGGGCUGAUAGACGUUAAGAUUGUCAUUGAAGAGUUAAAAACAGAAGAAAUGCAGCAAAUACCGGAGGUAAACAUGCAUCUGCAAGAAUCCAUGAUGCAUCACAUCAUGCCUUCUCAUGAGUUUGCCGCUGAGAAAGUUAAACCUCGAUCAAUGAGUCCGAUAAUGACCAUUAGCAGAGCGCGUGAUAUUUCAUGUGUAGUUCAACUGUGUUGUGAUUUCGUAAAGAAAGAAUUAAUUGAUAGUGGGCUCAAGGAUCUGAAAACUUACUCCGUGCUGUGUACAUUCGCCGCAAGACUCGGUCUAAAAGAUCUACAAGAGGCUGCGGAAGCCAAGAUGGCAUCCACGUACAAAGAUGUUUGCGAAAGUAAAGAAUUCCUGACUCAUAUCAAUGCAGAUCAGCUACUCAGCCUUCUCGGUCGAGAUGACCUCAAUUCACCCUCUGAAGCUUUCAUCUUCAAAUCAGCGAUGAAGUGGAUCAAAUACAAAGGGGAAGAGAGGAUGGCAGUUGCUGGAAAAAUUAUCGGAGCUGUACGUCUUGGGCUGGUAGACGUGAAGAUUGUCAUUGAAGAGUUAAAAACAGAAGAAAUGCAGCAAAUACCGGAGGUAAACAUGCAUCUGCAAGAAUCCAUGAUGCAUCACAUCAUGCCUUCUCAUGAGUUUGCUGCAGAGAAAGUUAAACCUCGAUCAAUGAGUCCGGUACUCGUUGCUAUUCACCCCACGAUGCGUGUAAAGAAUACCAACGAAUCUCAAAGACAGCAGACAGACAGCAGCGAGUACGGUGCGUACAAUCCUUACUCACCACAGUCUAUGGCUUAUUACUUUGAUGUCGAGGCGAAGCUAUGGAAACCUUUACCAUCUCUAGCACAAGUAGAUGAAAAAACUAGCUCAAUCUUUUGUGCAGAACACAGUGGAAACUACCUGUUUGUAGCUGGAAAUAAGCAGGGAAUUUAUUUUAUACAUCGAUAUGAUGUAGUAAAUAAUUCAUGGGUUAAACUACCAGAUCUCGAAAAUUACCACAAAGUUAACUGCUUGUGUGCUAUCGGUGACUAUCUUUACGCCAUAAGUGAAUUAGGACCUCCUCAAAGGUACAGUUUGAAAAAUAACAGUUGGCAAGGUGGGGAAGGGUUGAAUUUCAUUAAGCCAGAAGGCUUUCGACGGGGACUAAACGAGGAGAGAUUGAGUACUGUAGCAACAACAGUAUUAAAGUCUAGAAUAUAUGUAAUUCAUGGUUAUAAAAAAUGUGAAGGUGACCAACGUUAUCAGAAAUGGGUCGAUAAACCAGCUGUGGUUCAUUGUUUUGACCCAAAAUAUAAUGAGUGGAAAAAGAUCGCUUCGACCUGCCAUCCUCACCUUGGAUCCUGUCUGUUUGUUGUUAAUAACAAACUUUGUGUGGCGGGAGGAAAUACUUCUGAACAAGGAUAUGAAUCUGCACCUGUGGAAGUGUAUGAUGAAGCUACUGACACCUGGUCCGUAGAGCCUCAGAAACAUAUUCCCCAAAAUGGCUUGGGUGCGGUUGAAAUAGAGGGGAGGGUGUAUUUCAUAAUCAAUAAAUUUCCAGUUGACAGUGGAAUUAGAAUUCCACCUGAGGAAAUGUAUCAGGUUGACCUAAGUGAAUGGAAAAACUUAUCAGAAGUCCGUGUUAUUAAAGGUCGUGAAGAUAGUGUAGUUUUGUGUUAUUUGCCAGUCAAGGGAGAAAACUUGAAAUGAAUUUGGCAAAGGAAA